UAUAUCAUCCGAUUCAUCUCCAGAAAAUGAUCAAGAUUUAAAAUUACCGGAAGUUGAAGUAAAUACAUCUACCGAAGAUACUGAGGAUGAAGACGAUAAUAAGGAAUCUUUCGAUGAUAAUAACUCUGAGAAUGAGGGUUCCUUCAAUAACAACGAAGAUGAUGGAGGGUUCUGUGAACAUCGUUAUUCAAUUCGCAUAUAUUAA